CCGCGGCCAGAUGAUCUAGCCAAUCAGAGGACUGAGCUCCGUCAGAUAACGGUACCAGUCAGACCCCGCGACACGGCGUAAACGGAGAGAAUAUCUGACCAAUCAGGGGGCUGAGCGCGUACACGGAGAGAAUAUCUGACCUAUCUAAGGGGGUGAGCUCCGCCGCCAGUCACCGCGCCACGGAGCUACCGGAGCCGGCUACAGGAGGCGGCAGACUGCUCUUCAUGUGGACGCGGAGGCCCGUCUGAACACCAAGACCCCGCGGAACGCAGCGUUAUACCGGCUCUACUCAGAAGGGUGAAGGCAGAGGAGAACCAUGGCAGAGCCGAAUGCCAGCCGUCCCCAGAGGAAGAUGUCUACGGCCGGGGAGAGUCUGUACAAGGUGCUGGGCCUUGAGAAAGGAGCUUCUCUGGAGGACAUCAAGAAGGCCUACAGGAAGCUAGCAUUGAAGUACCACCCGGACAAGAACCCGGACAACCCCGAGGCAGCAGACAAGUUCAAGGAGAUCAACAACGCCAACUCCAUCCUGAACGACGACACUAAGCGGAAGAUCUACGAUGAAUACGGCUCCAUGGGGCUGUACGUCUCCGAGCAGUUUGGAGAGGACAGUGUCAAGUACUACUUCCUCAUGUCCAAAUGGUGGUUCAAGAGUCUGGUGCUGUGCUGCACAGUGUUCUCGUGUUGCUGCUGCUGCUGCUGCUGUUGUUUCUGCUGUGGGAAAUGCAAGCCGCCAGAAGACGACGGGAACUACCAGUAUGUCGACCCCGAAGACCUUGAGGCCCAGAUCAAAGCUGAGCAGGACGGAGGUGCGCGAGCCCCCAUCGUGAUCCAGCCGCCUCCCACCACCCAAAGAGGCGGCGAGCCCCCCAGGCCCAACGCCAGCCACCCUGCUGCCACCACACCCAAGACCUGAUCCCUGAGCCCCGGCUGCAGAACCCCCUCGGUGGAGCUCGUCCACGGGGUGCUUAGCCCUUCCUUCUUUUAGUUUUGAUAAACAGUCUACUGUCGAUAUCCCCGUUGUUUCUUUAGGUUGGCUGAAACCAGACGAGUUGAUGUUUUGAUGGGUCUGAGCGGUGUUCAGACAAGUGGAUUAUUCUUUUUUUAAGAAGUCUUGAGCCACCUGCUUGAGUUCAGUUCCCUAGCCUAGCAGCAUGAGAUGAGAUGAGACACGGAUCCAGCUGGGGUUACUCAGAGGUCAUCUAUCUUCACCCCCCCCCCUCCCACCUGUACCUUGGUCCUUCCUGGUUACCCCACGGGCUCAACAGCAGGACGGUGUAAGGCUGCGGGGGACCACACCGUCUACCAGGGGGCUUUCCAGUGUGUGCACUGUGUGUGACGCCCAAUCAUUGUCCAAACUCUGAGCCAGAAGGGGACACGAGGAGAGGAGGCUCACCUAUUUGUGCAUGUGUGACUUCCCUAAAUGCAUGCCACCUGAAAGCAUGGGACUCCUUUUCAUGAUCCCUACUCACAUACACAUGCAUACAAGGUAUUACCUCUCCCCAAGAACCACACUGCAACAAACAUUAACACCAGCCCCAAAAUGUCUAACCUGUGCCAUCUUUCAGUAAAGAAAAUACACUAAAUAUACCCGAGAAACGGCCUCAACUCUUCCAGUAAUUAUCGUCAGUACUAAUGAAACCUGUGGGUACACAAAACAAAACAUGAAUAUAAAGAUUCUGUACACACUUUACACUAGGGUUUUAACAGGAUCAGUGCAUGUUUGAUUUUAAACCUUUACUCCUCUAAUAAUGACCCUGUAAAUGUCUUUCCCUCCCACCAAAGCCUCUGCCCUGCGAUGCUCCCUGGAAGAAGUAGAUCUCCAUGAUGCUACUUGCAGGAUUAUUGAUUUAUUUUUUAGGCUAUCAGGUCUAUGCACUUAGGUCAACUGAGAUGCGAUUAUAAUUUCUUGUCUUAAUGAUAUAAUUUUUGGCCACAGGAGGCAUGGUAGUGUUGUAAACUGUUAUUCUUCCAUGUCUAGGUCUUCUUUUUUAGUGUAGCUUGUCUGUGUUGCAGGUUAAGAUGACCAAUGGUUGAAAUGUAAGGCAUUAUUUAUCUGUCACACCUCUGAGAAAUAGAGAUUUGAAGCUCUGGAAGAGGGACUUUGUGGCCAUUUUAAAAUGUCCCACAAUGACGUAAACUAAUUGAAAUCAAUAAUGGUACGGUACUUGUAUGUCUAUCUUUUUUCCAAUUGUAAGAUGAACUCUGAAGGCCACUCAGAGUAUGGUGUAUGUGGUCCCUCUAUUUUUCCCUUAACUUUCAUCAGUAAUGACUAGUGGCUAGUCCUUCUCCAUAAUGUACUGAUGUUGCCUCGUCCAUCAGUUUUAGCCUAGCUGCUGCAGAACCUUUCUUCAGUGUGUUGGGGCCAGGUGUUCGGCUAUAGGUGUCCUUUUAUAAUGCAACGUCCGUCUGUUGGGAUUUUAUUUGACACCUAAUUCAUUCCCAUGGUUUGGUCACCCAUAAACACAGUCACCAAAGCUUAGUGACGUAUACAACACAUCACACUCAAAGGGCUAGGAGCCAGCUGAGUGAUGUUUGUCCUGCUGUAGCAGAUGGAUUUAAGCAUAAUUUGCAUAUGGGAGGCUUGUUCAAUGAGCAUACACACAAUACAGCCCACUAAGUUGAUCCAUUGAUGUAGUUCUGCUUCCUACCCCCUGUUUCCCUGUGGUGAAUCAGCCAGUGCUGUAUGCGAUCUAAUUUCAUGUCUACAUUAGCCUAAUUGGUCAACAAAGAAUUCAAAUGAGCUACAAGAAUUUCCCAUCAAAAGCUAAACUUUCAAGUCUACUGUAAUGACCUCAUCACCUCAUCAUCCACAGACAUUGACAUGCUGUAGUCGGUAUUGUUUAGUUUUUUGAUAAUGAAAUCAAAGUAAAGAAUUAAUUAUAUUUCAUUCACAUGAAAUAUGACCAUAUUGCUAAACUUCUGUCAUGAUUUUUUUAUAAUUGUUUGAUAAUUGUAAAUAGUUUAAGAGUGCAUAGAUGUAUUAAAACAAGAUCUUUCCAAAUCCUUGUCAAUAGAGGUGGUGUUGAUGUUUUCUUCUCGUGUAUUUAUGUCCAAUGAAGAUAAACGGGGGUUGGGGGGGGAUUUAUCAUCUCUCCAAGAUCAAUCACUUUCAUACCCCUUUGCCAAUGAAAAGCAUGAAAAUAACGAUAUAAAUUGUCUGAAUUCUCAAUUUAUAUAAUUUUUUGGUCGUUUUUUUUUUGAGUUUGUUGAAUGAGUGAAUGUGCAAGGAAGUAGGGAGACGCACUUCAAUGGUGUGGAGGAAUAUAGUGUUGGGAACCAAGAGGUCAACGGCUCGAACACACUGAGACCGUCUGGUCGUUCUAUUUCUUGCUUUGGUCAGUACAGCUCCUGGUGGACAUUAUGUCAAUGCAUUUAUAUCAUGAAAACCGGUCAAAUAAAAGGGAGAUUUUCUAAGGAAAUGUCCAUGCUUUGUUUUUGA